AUGAAGCCAGAAGAGCUCUCAGACUUUGCUCAUGACAUCCGCAAUUUCUCUCCCGCAGACAUCGAUCGUCUGCACCGUGUUCUCCUCCGCUUACAGGAAGAUCACAUUGAAUCAACUCCGGAAUCUCUUCGACGUGAACAUAAGGCAGUCUAUUUAGAGGAAGGCCAGAAUCCCAAUGUCGAAGACCCCUGUCUAAAUUGGCUCCUCGAUCUCGCACGAACAGAAUCUGAAACACCCCUCAAUGAAAAAUUUCUAGAUGUUCUACAGGAAGCUCAUAUCGUUCUAACGACCGACGGCACUCUCACUGAUGGGGGAAGCGAAUAUGGUGCUAGCAGACGUGCUGCAUCCGUUGAGGUGAUACCACCUUUCCCCACGAGACCUCAGUCGUCCGACUCUUUCGACGACAACAACCGUAUCUGGCUGCAAGCCGUCGCACUCGAUAGCCGAAAACUAGCAUCGCAGGCGCUCGAUCAAUGGCGCCAGAAAUUGUAUUUGAAAAGAGAGGAUGCUUUGGAGAGGGAGAAUCCUGAGUUGAAUAGACUGGCUGAUGAGGUGUACCGCACCAACUUGGCGCGCAAGGCGAUCACUCACUGGCGCAAUACCAUUAAAGAGAUGCAAGAUUUGGAAAGGGUUGCGGUAGAGUUUAGAGCAAAGCGUGACGCCGCCUCUGUUCUCAAAACUUGGACUCUUGCUGCACGGGAGAGGCUUUUUGUCAGAGUACGAGACGAACGACUUCUACACAAAACUCUUGAGGACUGGCAUAACAAAACUGCAGAUAUCAAGGAAAUGGAAGUUGCUGCGGAUGCGAUCAGCAUUCGUCAAGCUGCUCAAAAUGUACUCCAGGUCGUUGCUACUAGAAGGGCCGACCUCCGCGAAAGGCACCAAGAAGCAGACCACCUCUAUGGUCGCAACAUCAUACGCCGAGUGCUGAGCACAUGGCACACCCAUGUCGAACAGCAACGUGUCAACGACCGAAGAGCAAUGGCAGCUGUAGAAUACUUCUCCAGCAAACAUACUCUUCAAACAUGGAGAGAGAAAACUCGUAUCAGAGCCGAUGAAAAACAUGCUCAACAGGCCCAUGAACAGAUGCUGGCAGUGAAAUAUUUUCGAAGAUGGCAAGCGCUCGUCAAGAGUAGUAAGGAAGCCACAUAUUCGGCGGCCUACAAGUCAAUGAGACGGAAAGUGAAAAUCAACAUUGGACGUGCCGCGCUGAAUACUUGGAGGCAAAAGACAAUUCGCAUUCGUGAGAUGAGAAUUAUGUCUGACGAAUUCCGGGCUCGCAAGAAGAUUGAACAUACUGGACGGGUGGCUCAUUCGGCCAUCAUGGUCAUGUUCAACAAGGCAGAGCAGGUUCAAGAUCUGACACGACAAGCGGAUGCUUUUGGUAACAAACAUGCGAUCGCACGCCUUGAGAUCUUCGGUUCCAAAUGGCUCUCGCCCACUAGGAAGAUACUCGAGGAUCAGCGUAAAGCGGACGAAUAUCACACGAUAAAGACAGACGGCUACUCUUUGUCUAGGUUAAGGAACUGGAGAAAUCUGACUUUCCGGACUUCCCGACUUGAAAAUGAUGCGGACGGGCUGUUCAGGCGAAACGAGAAAAAGCGAGCUUUGGGAUUCCUACAAAAAUGGAGAUCGGGUGCCGCAAAUGUCAAACAAGAACCAGCCAGUGUGGACGAGAGGCUACCACCCGUGACUCCAGCUGCCAGGCGAGUUCAAUUGUUGGCUUCAACGACUCCUGCUUACACCCCUGCCUCGGUCAUGUUUCGUCGAAUUCAGCAGUGA